AUGUCGGAGGUUGAAAAGAACGUUGAAAAGAAAGUGGCUACGCCCACGGUAGAGACGACCGAGGAGACUGACGUCACCCCGGAAUCCGAAGAACCUCAGGCCUAUUUUGAGCCAGUCAUAAAGCUCGAUGAAGUCGAAGUUACGACUGGCGAAGAGGAAGAGGAGGUCAUUUUCAAACAACGAGCCAAGGUUUUUUGUUACCGCGAGACAUUGUUAGACAAGGGGACGGGGAAAAAGUCGUGGUGUGAACGUGGUGUGGGGGAUGUCCGGUUUCUGAAACACAAGGAACAUCAGAAAGUCCGCAUGCUCAUGCGUCAAGAAAAGACGCAUAAGAUUCUGAUCAACCAUCUGGUUGAAGCACGUACGGAACUUACGCCGAAUAUGGGCAGUGACCGUGCGUGGGUCUUUAGCUGCUAUGAUUUUGCCGAAGGGGUCGUGGAGACGCAAGUUUUUGCGCUUCGUUUUGGCAAUUCGGAGAAUGCACAAAAGUUUAAAGACGUGCACGAUGCUGCCAAGUUGAACAACAAGAAGCUUGAGAAUGGAGACGAUGCAGCUGAUACGUCGGCAGGUGAUGAUGCUGCCAAAGCGUUGGAAGCGCUGGAUGUCAAGAAGGAAGAAUAG